AAAGCAAAUAUAACUGCUAAUUAGUUGGACAUAAAAACAAAGGUCUUCCGAACAUAUUUGUAAGAUUUAACUUUAAAGUUAUCGUUUAAGAAGAUAUAGGAAUCGGUACACAAUUUAAAGGGAUUUAAAAUAUUUUCUGAUUUUAAAAUAAAAAUUUUGGUGAUAAGAAAAGAUAUAAACUUUUAAGUUCAGUAUCAAACUGCACGCUCACUUGUUUCGUCAUGAUGAAAUUUUAUACCAUGAUUAAUGUACCAAUUCUUUUGGGGAAAAUGUUGUGGCUCAUCUGUGUCAUCCUGCAUCUAGUUUGUUUUUCCUCUGCUACAACUCUCCUGGAACCAGACUCCAGAACUUUGAGCUCAAGAGUUGUGAGUACUCGUUAUGGGGACCUUCGAGGAUUCUUAAGUAGCUUGAGCAAUCGACAACUGCAACCCGCUGAGGUGUUUCUCGGAGUACCAUAUGCUGGUGCCCCCAAAGGUCCUCUGCGUUUCAUGCCCCCAGUCACGUCCCCGCAUUGGAAAGGCGUCCGUUUGGCUAAUCAAUUCAGUCCAGUUUGUCCCCAAAAAUUGCCAGAUGUUGCUAAUGAAACUGAAGCUUUGAACAGAAUGCCAUUAGGCCGAUUCCGAUUUCUUCGGAGACUCUUGCCUUACUUAGCAAAUCAAAGUGAGGAUUGUCUAUAUUUGAACAUCUAUGCUCCAUCACCUGGUAAGUGCAAUAGAAUUAUAUACUUAUUUUCAGAAGACGAUUCUUAUUUUAUAGUUUUGUGA